AUGCCAAUAUCGAGUUCCAGAAAUCGAUUAACUGCUAAUGUAGGCCAACCAGAUGAGGAGGAUGAUCGAUCAGGAGCCAAAAGUGUACCCGUCUUGAACACUUCAAACCAGCAGGGAAAUAAGCAGACCCGAUCGGUUGUCACACCAUCACCAUCUCUUGCUAGUGGUGGUCGAUUUGCCAAGACGCCGGAUGGUACCGCACGGGAGCAAGAAAAAGUAAAACUUCCAUUCAUUACUCGGAUCCAGAACAGUUUGUUUGGACGAUCUAGAUCACACGACAGUACUGUGGCCAGUAUUGAUAACCAGCAACCAAGAAACACUCCUCGGCAUUCAAGAUAUCGUCGGAAAAAACACAAGUCAAGGUCGGCGGAGUUUUCGCUCCGCAAAAUCCGCUUUUUCACAGAGCCUCCAGUUUUGUCACCUCUCACAAUCUGCUUUGCUUACCCCGGAGUGGACUUAAAUCAUCACGACAUCGUCAAUGCUAUCCAAUCAAUGCACACCGUUGGCAUUGACGACAUUGAAAGUAUUCAAUUUGUUGACAUGAAUGUGAUUCUUGGCACAGCGGGCAUCAACAACAGAUGGCUGAUAAAAGUAAAAGAUUUUGACACAAGGUAUCUGUUGCUGUGUGAUGGCCUAAAAAUCAACGGAGAGUACGUCAUCAUUCGUAAAUACGAUGACCUCAACAUGGAAGACUACAAAGAAUAUCAGAGACGGAAAGAUACUUUAGCCAGUGAUGAACAUAAUGCUGUACAAAGACUCUUACACAAUAUGUAAAUUUUAGUUAGCAACUGGGGCCGAUUUCACAAAGAGCUACAAUUGCUGCAAUAGUAAAGUGUGAUGUUACAAAACAAACCACUAUGGCGAUAGGUACAACUCACUCUCCUCACGAUUAAUCUUAGUGCUUUGUGAAGUCGAGCCCUGGGGCCAAUUUCACAAAAAUAGCUCCGAUUGAUCGUAACUGCA